UCCUACUGCCUGAUUCCAGGCUGCCGUAUGUCGCCGCUAUUUGUUAGGAAUAACGUUAUUGCUGCUGAGCAACUGAGACAAAUAGGAGACGUAGGGGCACACACGGGGUUGAGCUACGAGAACACUUUAUAGCUGCUGGGGUGAAGAUCGGAAUCAAUUUGACAGCGAAAAGAAGACCAAGGGAUGACGUAGGGACUGAUGCUGGAGGACAGAGCAGAGAUGAGCCUCACGUCCUGGUUCCUCGCGAGCAGCGGGGGAACGCGGCAUCGGCUGCCCCGGGAGAUGAUCUUUGUGGGUCGGGAUGACUGCGAACUUAUGCUGCAGUCUCGCAGUGUAGACAAGCAGCAUGCUGUCAUCAACUUUGAGUCCAGCAGUGAUGAGCACAAAGUGAAGGAUCUGGGAAGCUUGAAUGGGACAUUUGUUAAUGAUGUCAGAAUCCAGGAACAGAUGUACAUCACUUUAAAGAUUGAUGAUAAACUCAGGUUUGGAUAUGAUACAAACCUGUUCACUGUGGUGCGAGGAGAGCUACAUGUGCCAGAGGAGGCACUGAAGCAUGAGAAGUUCACCAGCCAACUCCAGCUGGGCAAGAAGCCCACCUUUGCAGAGCCUGUAAAAACGCCCAAGUCAUCCCCAGACAAACCCAAAGCGAGCAAACCAGCAGAAAUGAAUCAUGAGCCAGCAGUCAAACCUGCAGAACCUAACAAAGGGGAUGAUAAGAUUGCAGGCGAUAUAGCUGCCCAGCACAGGGGGACCCCACUUUAUGGACAGCCGUCGUGGUGGGGUGAUGGUGAUGCAGAUGACGAGAAUUCCUUUAAACAGGAAAUUAAAACAUCUGGAAAGAAGCAGGAGAGCAGCGGGACAGACAACAAAGAGGUCAAACGAGGUGAUAAGUCAAAGGAAAAUGGUCUGGGUUCUGUAGGCGCUGAGCCCAGCUACUUUGAGAUUCCCAGCAAGGAGGGACAAAUGGCAGAGAACAGCAUCCAUGAGAUCCCGACAAAGGACACUGAGUGCGUAGGGGCUGCUAAAUGUGCCGGAGGCAAUACUGCAUCGCAGACCAACACCUCAUUCACCAUCGAGUUUGACAACACUUCCCCAGGGAAGGUCACCAUUAAAGAUCAUGUGUCUCGUCAGCGACCUAAAAAAUCACCUCAUGUUGGGGAUAAAGACCUCAGCACCCUACAGGCAGCCAUCAUGGCUUCUGAGAGCAAAGUGGCUGACUGGCUCGCCCAGAAUGACCCUCCUAUAGUGAGGCGUGAGUCCACAGAAGAAGAGAAUAAGAGUAUCAAGAGUGAUGUGCCUGUUCAGCUGAAGAGACUUAAAGGCAGCAAGCAUGAGGACGGCACGCAAAGCGAUUCCGAAAACGGCCUGGGACUCCGUUUUGGCAGCAAGCGACACGCAGCCUUGGAGGAACGUCUGAGAGCGGCAGGAGUUGGUCAAGUCAGGAACGAGGGUUCGUCCGGUGUGAGCCGUAACGCCUUCAUGAUAGAGUUCUACGACGAGGACAAUCCUCGCAAAAGACGCUCCUACUCGUUCUCGCAUACGGCGCCGCUUCUUGGGGGCGUGGCAGGGGAGGGACUUUGUCCCACGCCGCCCUCCCGGCCAAAGCCAACGGACGGCAGCAAGGGCAUGUCGGGCCUGGCGGCGGUCGCUCCCACGGCUGCUCGGCUUCUGCUCAAGCAAAGGUCGGAGGAGCAAAAUGUGUUGCAGAGCUCUGCAGAGACUGGUCAGACUAUGGAUGAAGCUCAGAAACAAGACGAUGACCAGAGUGAUAAAGGCACAUACACCAUCGAACUGGAUAAAGACAACCCUGAGGAAGAGCAGGCACGGCGGAUGAUCGAUAAGGUGUUUGGGGUUCAAAACUCUCAGGAUCCCGAUUGCCCUGAGCAACAGAAGGACAGCAAGAAGCUAAGGUCAUCCAAGAGACUGGAGGACUCUGUUGCAGUGGGAAGCCCUCGCUGGGUCUCACAGUGGGCCAGUUUAGCUGCUAAUCAAACAAGAACAGACCCAGAGGGCUCUGGAGCAGAUCCACCAGCUUUUGUCCAUCAAGAGCGAGAUGCUGAUGCUCUUGAGUCAGUGGUCUCCAUCAAGAGUACUGGCUCAACCACCUCCAGUCAAGCUGACCGUAAGAGAAGGACUCUACCUCAGCUUCCUAAAGACGAGAAGAUCAAGCGCUCUGAGAUCGGUGAGAAGCAGGACACGGAACCCCAGGAAAAAGAAAGCCACUGUGACCACAAAGGUGAUGGUGAGUCCCUCGGUGCUUCGGACAGCGCUUUGAAGUCUGGAAAGAGUAGCCCGGUCAAGACCUUCCAGCAGGACGGGAAACAUCAGGCAUCCUCAAAGCCUUCCGCUAGACCCCCGGGAAGUGGGGAGAGGAGGUCCGAGGAGAGCCGUAGAAGACGUUCUGAGGAUAAGAGUAAAGGAAGUGAUGGAGAGAGGUCUGGGAGGCCACUGGUGAGACAGGGCAGCUUUACCAUCGAGAAGCCCAGUGGAAAUGUACCAAUAGAACUGAUUCCUCACAUCAACCGCCAGAACGGUGGGAGGGAGCGGAGCGACUCGGUGGGCAGCAUGGACACGGCAACUCUUCUCAAAGACACUGAAGCUGUCAUGGCUUUUCUGGAGGCCAAACUCCGCGACGAGAAGAAGUUGGACCCUUCACUAUGCCCGAUGUCUCCAGAGUCUGAUAUUGACACGGCGAGUACAGUGAGCCAGACGGCAGCUGACGGUGAUCGCAAGGGUGUUCAGAAGCGGAAAUCUUUCAGCACCCUUUACAGAGAAAAAAGCAACGCGAGCACCACAGCGAAAAUCACGACCAGUGCGAGAGAACGCUUGGAGAGGAAGACUAAAACCAAGACCCCAGACGCCCGCCGAUCAGUACAAACAGGGUCUCGUGGCCGGCAACCAUCACAAGAUCUCACUGAUGAUGACCAGACGUCUUCAAUAGCCGUCUCAGAUAUCAUGUCCUCGGACCAGGAGACGUAUUCCGGCCGCUCGUACGCCAAAAGUCAUUUCACAUCCACCGAUGACCUCUUCCAGUCGAAGCUUGACACUAGCAAAACAACAAAGUCCGUUAAGCCAAGCAAGACACUGCAAACUACCACAUCGGCCCUCGCAAAACAAGUAGGCCUGCCUCAACCCCGUCCUACCAGGGCGUCCCUGUUGCGCAGGGCUCGGCUCGGGGACACUUCGGAUACCGACCUAGCGGAUGCAGAUAGGGUUUCAGUGGCAUCUGAGGUGUCCACCACUAGUUCCACGUCCAAACCACCAUCGGGGAGAAAGGCGCAGUCACGCAUUGACCUGUUAGCACAACCUCGGCGCACCAGACUUGGUUCGUUUUCAGCACGCAGCGAUUCGGAGGCGACGGUCAAUCGGCCCACUGCAGCACGUGUGUCAGCAGAGACAGCCCUUCGUCUGGGACUCAGGAGCACCAAUCAGCAAGUCACUGACAGCAAGCUAACUGCACGCAUGCGGGCCAACAGUGUCUCCAAGCUAAUGGACCCCAAGACUAAGACAGCACCUGGAAACAGCACCCCUACUGAAACCCAGUUUGAUCCUGAAAGUGUUCUCACGGAGAAGGACGCCAAUAAUAGGUGGAGACGUGUGCCUCCUGAAUAUGCCUCCACCUCAGAGGAUGAGUUUGGCUCCAACCGCAACUCUCCCAAACACGCCCGCCUGCGGCCGGGCACGACCCUGCGCACCAGCCGGCUGGGUGUCUCCGUUCCUCUCACGACCAGUCCUGGAGGUCUCCUGCUCAAGAACAGAAUGAGAGAACAGGAGGAUUACAUACGGGACUGGACAGCCCACAGCGAGGAGAUUGCCAGGUUAUUUCCCUGUGUGCGUAGGAUCAGUCAGGACCUUGCCAAGGAUCUGGCCAUCCUGGCACGGGAGAUCCAUGACGUAGCAGGUGAAAUCGACUCGGUCAGCUCCUCUGGCACCGCCCCCAGCACCACGGUCAGCACAGCCGCCACCACUCCAGGCUCCGCCAUUGACACCAGAGAAGAGCUGGUAGAGAGAGUUUUUGAUGAAAGCCUGAACUUCAGGAAGAUUCCUCCUGUUGUACAGACUAAAGCCGCAGAGAUCAACGGCAGGCCACUGGAGCUUCGGCCCCGGGCUCCGGAUAGCCUGGACCCUCAGGCGGCCCUGCGCAGACGUACAUGGAAUCGGGAUGAGGUGAGACCGGCGGUGCUAGAUAGUUUAUUACUGACAUCGGUUUCCCAGCUGUCUUCAAAGAUCCGACAGUCCACAGAUAAAACUGCCAGCAAAAUCAGGAUUUUGUUCAAAGACAAGGACAGAAACUGGGAUGAUAUCGAACGUAAACUGUGUUUAGAAAAUGAAGUCCCACUUCCCAAAACUACGAACAAGGAUAUUUCAUCUAUACUAACAGAGCUCAAGAGGGUGGAGAAGCAGCUUCAAGUUAUAAAUGUCAUGGUGGACCCUGAUGGAACCCUUGAUGCUCUGACCAGCCUCGGCUUGACCAGUCCUACCACUCCCAAACCCAGAAGCAGCCCCGGCUCUCAGAGCGGAUGGGGUCCUCUGCCCACUAAUGGAUCCACCCAGCCAACAAUGAACAUAACCAGCACCAGCCAAGAGUUACCCAGUGUGGGACUCAACUUUAACCGCUCACACCCCACUGGAGAGGAAAGUGCCAUCGCUAGCAAAUGAUCUGAGCAUAGGAAAACAUUUCUCCUUAAAACAAACUGGACUAACAAACUCGUUCCUGAAUGGAUCUUCUAUGUGUGUAUGUAUUGUAUAGUGUAUUCCCCUUGCCCGUGGAGGAUUGUGUAUGGGGAUUGUUUGUUGUUUCCACCCUGUAGUGUAGCCUUUAGGAUCUGACUACUUGGCGUAACUAAGCAAAACCACACCAAAACACACACAGCUGCACGUGACAGCAGGCACGUGGCCGUCCAUCUGUAGGCCAAAUAAACUGCCAGACGGAUCUCUUGUGACCGGAUGCACACAACUCCAGUGCCUGUCUGCUCUCCAAUGAGCUUUACCUUUCCCUAACCUUUCAACAAUCCAGUUUACUAAACUUAACAGAAUGCAACGCAAACACAGAACAAUUUCAGUCUGUUUGGAUGACUGUAUUUGAAACUUUUUAAGCAGUACAUUUUUCAAGAUAUUUACAAUUUGGUGAAUGUUGUUUUUUGAGAUCUAGCAAAGUUUCUAAAACAAUAUUGGAUGCAACUGCGACGUAACUCGCAGACAAAUGCAUGGCAUGCAGUAAUCCAUUAGAAAUCCUGGUAAAAUCUUGAUCAUUCAUCUUUUGAUCAGCACUGUUAACGGAAUAGUUCAUCCGAAAAUGAAAAUUCUGUCAUCAUUUACUCAAAGGUAGAUAUUUGAUAAAAUGUCAGUGAAUCUAGUAUAGUAUAGUAUACUAUGGUAUUUAUUUUUUCUACUAUGGCAGUAAAUCGGGGAUGAAAUCUGUUUGUUUUGAAUUUAGUAAAUGAUGACAGAUUUUCAUUUUUGGGUGAACUGUCUCUUUAAAAGCUGAAUCAGCCUUACGUCUGUAAGCGAUGUGUGAACUGACCGUCUUUUUCCACACAUAACAUUGUCUGUGACCUCAUGGCGCUCUGAUACCUUCCAGCCUUCUGUUCAUAAAAACGUGUUUCAUCUCUUUGUGGGUUUACUGUAUACAGAAUUUCUUUUCUUCUACUGCCUCUCUGUAUUUUUAGGGUGGGUAGAAAAAUAAACCUGAACCACUCACCUUUCCUUAUGAUGACCUGUAGGAGAGUCUUUCUUACAUAUAAUGCAACUGUAAGUAGAUAAUAGUAGUUAGGUACCAGACAGAAUACAUGCAUUGGGCUUUUCUAUGUUUUGUAUAAUGCCACUAAGUGCCCAGUAUUCUGAGUUUAGUCUUUUGUGGAAAAGAUUUGAUUUAUUGUCCUAAAGUUUCAUUUUGCACAUCAAAAGCGUAAUGUGAAAUGGCGUAAAUUCAGAGGAAAAAAAGGUAAUGACACCACUACAUUUCAAUUUACCCACUCAAAGGUUCUUAAUAGUGGAACUUGCAUGCAAACAUCUGACAUACAAACAUAACCUGCGUAUGACAGCUGACCACUUCAUGAGAGUGCGGACAGCAGAUAAAUUGCUUGGUACAUCAUUUCCCUGUGCAGUUUACACAUUCUGUAUCAUAUCAGUGUUUUUUAUUGUUUUCAAUAAAUGUACGGUUUAUUUAUUUUUGUUUAUUUUGAUACAUUUUAUUGUCAUGGCACUUUUUUGUUUAUUUUUUUAAAGAAUUUUUGCAUACUCUCAAUACAUAAAUGGGGGGAACAAUAUAUUCAAUAAAAGUUUUUUGUUUAAUUUGGA